UUUUUGUCACGUCACCACUUCUUCAGCGCAACUCUCGCGAGCGUUGUUUCAGGAAGUUCCACGUCAGUAGACAGUGCCGUGUACACAAAAAUCCUUACAUUUGGGAGUCACAUCUAUCUGUUCUUACAGCAACAAGAAGAGGAUACAAUAUGCCUCUGAGGCUGGACAUAAAGCGGAGGCUGACGGCCAGGUCAGACCGAGUGAAAAGUGUGGACCUUCACCCAACUGAGCCAUGGAUGCUGGCCAGUCUCUACAACGGUAGCGUCUGCGUGUGGAACCAUGAAAGUCAGACUCUUGUCAAGACCUUUGAAGUCUGUGACCUACCUGUCAGAGCAUCCAAGUUUGUGGCAAGAAAGAACUGGGUCAUCACUGGAGCAGAUGACAUGCAGAUUCGCGUGUUCAACUACAACACCUUGGAGCGCGUCCAUAUGUUUGAAGCCCACUCUGACUACAUCCGCUGCAUUGCUGUCCAUCCGACCCAGCCCUACAUCCUUACCAGCAGUGAUGACAUGUUGAUCAAACUGUGGGACUGGGAGAAGAAGUGGUCAUGCAGCCAGGUGUUUGAAGGCCACACUCAUUACGUAAUGCAGAUUGUCAUCAACCCCAAGGAUAACAACCAGUUUGCCAGUGCCUCCCUUGACAGAACAAUUAAGGUUUGGCAGCUUGGCUCCUCAUCUCCAAAUUUCACUUUGGAGGGCCAUGAGAAAGGAGUCAACUGUAUUGACUACUACAGUGGAGGAGACAAACCUUACCUUAUCUCAGGAGCUGACGAUCGCCAGGUCAAGAUCUGGGACUACCAGAAUAAGACCUGUGUUCAAACUCUGGAGGGUCAUGCCCAGAACGUCUCCUGUGUCAGCUUCCACCCAGAGCUGCCCAUCAUCAUCACUGGGUCAGAAGAUGGUACUGUGCGUAUCUGGCACUCAAGCACUUACCGUCUGGAGUGUACACUGAACUAUGGCAUGGAGAGAGUUUGGUGUGUGAGUGGACUCCGGGGCUCAAACAACGUUGCUCUCGGCUAUGACGAGGGCAGCAUAAUUAUAAAGGUUGGUCGUGAAGAGCCAGCCAUGUCCAUGGACACCAGUGGCAAAAUCAUUUGGGCCAAACACAGUGAAAUACAGCAGGCAAACCUUAAGGCCAUGGGUGAUGCUGAAAUCAAGGAUGGAGAAAGGCUGCCGUUAGCUGUCAAGGACAUGGGCAGCUGUGAAAUUUACCCUCAAACCAUCCAGCACAACCCCAACGGAAGAUUUGUUGUAGUGUGUGGAGACGGGGAAUAUAUCAUCUACACUGCCAUGGCUUUGAGGAACAAGAGCUUUGGCUCAGCGCAGGAGUUUGUUUGGGCUCACGACUCAUCUGAAUAUGCCAUCAGGGAAAGCAACAGCCUGGUCAAAAUCUUCAAAAACUUUAAAGAAAAGAAGUCCUUCAAGCCUGAUUUUGGAGCUGAAGGAAUAUAUGGAGGCUUUUUGCUCGGAGUAAGGUCACUGACUGGCCUGGCCUUUUAUGACUGGGAGAACACAGAGCUGGUUCGCCGCAUUGAGAUCCAACCCAAACAUAUCUUCUGGUCGGACUCUGGUGAAUUGGUCUGCAUUGCUACAGAUGAGUCCUUCUUCAUUCUGCGUUACCUGGCAGAUAAAGUGGCUGCAUCCCACGAGAACAAUGAAGGAGUGACAGAGGAUGGCAUUGAAGAUGCUUUUGAGGUCCAGGGAGAGAUUCAGGAGAUUGUGAAGACUGGACUCUGGGUUGGAGAUUGCUUCAUUUACACCAGCUCUGUGAACAGACUUAACUACUAUGUAGGAGGAGAAAUCGUCACUAUUGCCCAUCUGGACAGGACCAUGUACUUACUGGGCUACAUACCCAAAGAUGACCGUCUGUACCUGGGAGACAAGGAGCUCAACAUUGUCACUUACUCUCUGCUAGUCUCUGUGCUGGAGUAUCAGACUGCAGUAAUGAGGAGGGACUUUGGAAUGGCUGACAAGGUCUUACCCACAAUUCCUAAAGAGCAGCGUACCAGGGUGGCCCACUUCCUAGAGAAACAGGGUUUUAAGCAGCAGGCUCUGGCUGUGUCCACAGACCCUGAGCACAGGUUUGAACUAGCACUGCAGCUAGGAGAGCUGAACACUGCCUACCAGCUGGCUGUAGAGGCAGAGUCGGAGCAGAAGUGGAAGCAGUUAGCAGAGCUGGCUAUAAGCAAGUGUCAAUUCAGCCUUGCCCAGGAGUGCCUGCACCACGCUCAGGAUUAUGGUGGCCUGCUCCUCCUUGCCACAGCCUCUGGUAAUGCCCCUAUGGUGGGUAAACUGGCUGAGGGGGCAGAGAAGGAUGGAAAGAACAACGUGGCCUUCAUGACUUACUUUUUGCAGGGAAAACUGGAUCAGUGUUUGGAGCUUUUGAUCAGGACUAAUCGACUACCUGAAGCUGCUUUCCUGGCUCGUACCUACCUGCCCAGUCAGGUGUCACGUGUGGUCAAACUGUGGAGGGAGAGUCUGGCUAAGGUCAAUCAGAAGGCCGCUGAAUCCCUUGCAGAUCCCACAGAAUAUGAGAAUUUGUUCCCUGGACUGAGAGAAGCCUUUGGAGCUGAAUAUUAUCUGAGAGAGACGUGUUUAGGCUCCACACGGCCUGCUACAGAUUAUCCUCUGGUCACACCUAAUGAAGACAGGAAUAUUCUUGAAGAAGCCCAAGGAUAUGAGCCCAAAGGAACCUUCAUUCCUACAAAGACACAGGAUCCUGAUGAGGAGGAGGAAGAUGAGGGUGCUGGGUUGGAGGAAGAGGAGCCUGCAGUAACUGAAGCUCAGAUUGCUGCAGCUCCAGAACCAACUGUACAGAAUGAACCUGCUGUAGUGGAGCAGAAACAAGAGGAAAUUCCUGAAAUUUCACUACAGGACAAGUCAUUGGAUGAUUUAGACGUGGACCUGGACAACAUGGAGCUGGAUGACAUCGACACCACUGAUGUUAACCUUGAUGACGAUUUCCUAGAUGAUUAAAACCAUUCUGCUCCAUGGCACUCUCCAUAGUUUAUUUAAAAAAGAGAAAGAGACCAAACCCCUCCACCCUACUUUUUUGUAUUUGUAUGUAAAAAUAUGACACUGCAGCGAUAGAAAAUACAUGAAUUAAGAUGAUAUUGGCAUUGGUAUGUUUCUCUAAAGAAAAGGAAAAAGAUCACAGCUUCUUUCAUCAUUCAUUUUCUGACUUUUUUUUUUUUUUACACUUGUCGUUCAAUGAUCUUUGAAGAAAGUAUCACUGAUUGUUUGGAUGGUUCUAUGUGCUCUUUGUUGUUUUGUUGCCUGUAGUGACAAAGCCAACAUUAUUCUGUCCAAUAAACUGCAGGUUCUGUAUAUAAACA